AUGAACGCGCCAGCAACGCAAGCAGAGGGAGGGACUCUCACCAAACCUGCUGAGUGGGCCUUUCACAUGGUCACAGCAGCAUUGAAGUAUGCAUCAGACGAGAAGAUAGGCGUCACACGCGCCUCACCUGACGAGGCAAAACACAGCAUCCUGAAGAGCCUCAACUGGUUCGAAGCGCACGGCGAGUACGAGUGGCCCAAUUUCUCGCGGCUCAACUUGGACUUUGCACAGGCGAUGCGGCUACGUCGCGCGCUCGUCCAAGAUGUCUGCAACGUCCUGCAACAGGCAGGCAACAUCAAGAUCGGCGCGCCUGGUACUCCUGACAGCGUGGGUGGCGGUAGAGGUCGACGGCCGUACGGGGCAGACAGCAGACACGUUACCAGCCGGAAACGGAUCUGCAAACGUGAAGCCGAUGCGGAGGGCGAUGCCAUGUCCGAGCACUCAGAGGGACAGCACGAAGACGAGGCAUUCCUGAUGGAAGUCAUGACGGACCUCGUAGCGCGCACCAACCUGGCCAUGGAAGCACAUCUGCAGCAGAAACGAGACGCGCACGAACUCGCAGAUCAGCUCCACGACAGCCUGGUCGAGGUGUGGGACGGCCCCCAACGCAACGUCAGCGACCAGCACGACACGCUCCGGCGGAAGGCAGACGCGUGGGAGAUGCACAGACGCAGCCACCCGCCCAAGUCGACGCAGCGCGAGCGAACAGUGGCGCCUCGCGUGUCGCCAGCUGCACCGCAAACGUCCCCGGCCAUGGCACGGAAGCCUUUGGUAGGACCCGCGCCUGCUUUGGGGUUUGCGUGGGACGCAACAGUGAACGAUUGGAGAAAGACCAACACCAUUGGCUGA